UGCUUUUUCAACUUGUCGAAUUUGACGUAAAACAACUUCAAUUUGAUCAUUUUGAUCCAGUUUCGUUGUUUCAUUGAAGAAAGUAAUUGCUUUAAAAGGAAAAUCUUUCUAUGAGUGACAUAAGCAGCAGUUGCAAUACAUUACUGGACGAAUCUAUUUUCCGUCGCGUGCUUAAAGCAUAUUUCUGAAACGGUGAUUACAGUCAAUCUGUAUGCAACUGUUACGCGUUACCUCGACUAUGUCUUACCAAGGAUCACCAUAUUCGGGGCCGGGGGAUGAGUACGACUUUGAAGAUGAUGGGUACGAUGAUUUAGACGAAUAUAGAGAUCCCGAAGAUUCAUUACCGCAGCUACCAAUGGAUGACAGUGAUGAAGACACAGAAGAGGCCAGUGAAACAGAUAUACCCAACAAUGAUGAACCACUCGAAAUCAAGGAACAGAUGUACCAAGACAAGCUUGUUAACCUGAAGAAACAACUACAGCAGCUAGAGGAGAAUAUACAUCCAGAAUUCUUAAGACGGGUGAAGAGAUUGGAGCACCAACUGCAUGAACGCCUACGUCUUAACAGGAUAUACAAAGAUCAUAUGUAUGAAGUUGUAGAGAGAGAAUACAUAGCGGAACAGAAAGCAGCGGCAAAAGAAUUUGAGGAGAAGAAGAUAGAGUUAAGGGAAAACUUGUUGAAUGAUUUUGAAGAGAAACGGAAAUUGAUUGAAAGCGAGAGGCACAGUAUGGAACUCAACGGAGACUCAAUAGAGGUCAAGCCGCCAAUGAAACGUAUCCUGCGAAGGCGAGCCAACGAGCCCGCGCCGGCGCCCGAGAAGCGCCGCAAGCCGCUCGCCACCACGCUCACGUUCCAGCUGGACGAGCGCGACAUCGACGCAGACCUGCGCGCCAUCUGCCGCGCCUCCCCGCCGCCGCGACACCCCCCCGCGCACCUCGCGCAGCCCCGGAAACAUCUCAACUCCAGUAGCUGCGAGUCGCCGGCGCGCGAGGCGGGCGGCGGCGCGGGCGGCGCGGGCGGCGCGGGGGGCGCGGGCGGCGCGGGCGAGGCGGACGCGCGCGUGGAGGACGGCAAGCUGCUGUACGAGCGGCGCUGGUUCCACCGCGGGCAGAGCGUGUACGUGGAGGGCCGGGACCUGCCGCGCUUCCCUGCGCACAUCCACGCCAUCACCGACGACGCGAUAUGGGUGAAGAAAACGAACUUAGAGCGAGUGAGGAUAUACGUAUCUCAACUAACACGCGGUAAAGUGACAUUAAAAAGACGUGCCUCGUAACUCAGUGCUCAGUGAAUAGUUCUGAUCGUACGUACGUAUGGUGACAUGUACGUUGUUAGUACACGCGCUAGAUUUAAUAUUAAGAUGCAUUUUACACGGUUGUACAGUGCCAAGAAUUUACCUCACAUUGAUUUAAACGAAAUCAUGAUGGGGACAUGUUGGAAAAAUUAAUUUGCAAUAUUUUUAUAUAUUGUCAUAUGAUCUGUCUGCAUUUUCAAUGACUCUAUUUCGAGCUAAUAAUAA